AUGACUAGUUUAGAUGACACUGUACUGACAAAAAAAAAUAUAGCACUGUUGGAUAACGCUACCAACUACGUCCGUCCCGCCAUAGAUUAUUUUCAUUUUAUAUUUGAUUAUGACAGCUUAGACGUCCCCAUCACAUGGCGCUUGUUGUUGAAAAUGCGUAAGCAUAAAUUAUUACGGUUACCUAGUUGUUCUCCUGAAAACGAGUUUGACUAUAGCAUAUACAUAGCUCGACUGCAUAAUUGCAUGUGGAGGCGUUGGUCCAUAAAGCAUUUUAACUUGGAGGGCCUCGAAAUCAAUCCUUUACGUAUAAAUUGGAAUAAAGAAACAGACAUUACUGUUCUCUACGGACCCGAUUUAGCCGGGUUACAUGAAAGAGAGCAAUCUAAUUCCUUUCAGGAACAGAAUAAUAAGGAACAAGAAAACCAACUAUCGAACAUAGCCGAAGAUGGGAGCUGUCCUUCACCGUUGGACAAAGAAGACGUGUUUCGUCUAGGCAGUAAACUGUCCCCACAGCGGUCAAUAACAUUCGACGAUACCGUUCGAAGACGGGACAUUGACAGACGUGGGAGAUUCAACGAAUCAUGUGUUCUAAUAAAUGAUUUAAACCAGUUUCAAGACUAUUCCAUUGUUUGGGACGAAAGUAGACAUCGCUAUCGUCGGCGAGCUAUCUCAGAUACCUACGAUUAUGCGCAUUUUCAAACCGAUGGCAGCCAAACACCUCGGAAUGCCUCUCAUGAUAACAUAAUAAACCAUCAAAACCUGCAUAACAUUACGGAAGGCUCUUAUAUCUAUAUAAAGUGA